AAAAAAAAAAAGUGGGCCGCCAUUUUCCUUCCUGGCAGCGGCGUCCGCGUCCCGGCGGGUACACGGGAGUGCAGGCGCGGGCUGAGGGCGCGGGGCUAGGUGCCGGCGCUGUGUUCUCAGAUUCGCCACGACAUGGCAACUCUUUUAAUAAGGAAAAUGGUGAACCCUCUGCUGUAUCUCAGUCGUCACACACUGCAGCCUCCAGCCCUCUCCACGUUUCUCUUGGGAUCCCUUGGAGGUGCUGCCCCCGUGGCUGUGGAACCCGGGGCAGGAGUGCGGUCCUUUCUCUCACCCAGCCUUCUGCCUCACAUGCUGCCUGCGCUGGGGUUCAAAACCAAGGGUGUCCUGAAGAAGCGCUGCAAGGACUGUUACCGGGUGAAGAGGCGGGGCCGGUGGUACAUCUAUUGUAAAACCCACCAGAGGCACAAGCAGAGACAGAUGUAGAUAGUCCCUUUCCCUCCAGAGUCCCGCACAUUCUCGUCAUGGUGAGUGGUUGUAUCUUACGGAAUUAUCACAUCAAGGAGUCAGGAGAGUGACUGGAGGCAAACGCCCUAAAGGUUACCUAUCACUUUUCAGUUCAGAUGAGGAACUACAGAAGACAUUGCGUCAUCUCGUUUCUAAACAUUCUAACACAUGUACACGAAUGUUCAUUGCAGCACUGUUUACAAUAGCAAAGACCUGGAAUCAACCCAAAUGCCCAUUGAUAAUAGACUGGAUUGGAAAAAUGUGGCACAUAUACACCAUGGAAUAUUAUGCAGCAAUCAGAAAUGAUGAGUUUGUGUCGUUUGUAGGGACAUGGAUGAAUCUGGAGAACAUCAUCCUCAGCAAACUGACACAAGAACAGAAAAUGAAACACUGCAUAUUCUCACUCAUAGGUGGGUGAUGAAAAAUGAGAACACAUGGAUACAGAAAGGGGAGUACUAAACA